UUCAACAUCCAAAUCCGUUCGAGUCUCACACAAAAAUCCAAUAAAAUGUACUAUUCAUCGCCGACAUGCUUCGUUUUGAUCACUAUAUUUGCCGUGGUGGUAACACAACUGAUCUUUAUGCGCACCGUUUCGUCCUUGAACAUGACCAAUGCCUAUCUGAACCACAAAUGCUUAGCCAAUCAAGGGAAAUACAAGCCGGGAAGUUGGUAUGAGAAAAAACUCCAAAGUAUUAUAGUCUCUAUCGGUAGCGGUGAUGGUUUUACCCUUGGUUACGACAUGAUGGCCCUUGGUAAGGAUUCUGAUUACGUAGCCGUCACCAACCAGUGCCGUGGCGACUCCAACGGGUCCAUGUGCCGCUCCUGCUUUGCCACCGCCAUCGCAAGGGGGGCAAUAAUAUGGUACGACCAAUGUACUCUCCAGAUUUCUCCGUUCGAUACUCAAGGGAAGUUCGACAAAGAUAAUGAUUUCUGUAUGUCCAACAAGAAGAAAAUGAACGUAGAUUCGUUUGGAGAGAAGUGGAUGACAUUCCUCGACAAUUUGGUAGGUAUAGCCCUCAAAGAUCAUUUGUAUGCCGCUGGGGAUACAAGGUUCGGGACAAAGAAGUUGUACGGGAUGGUGCAGUGUAGGCUUGACAUAUAUAAUAAUAGUUGUCGAGAGUGUGUUGGACACAUAGCCGUAAAAUUUCAAGAUUGCUGGCAUGGUAAACAAGGAGCUAGAGUGUUGGGUAGUGGUUGUAACUUUAGGUAUGAGCUUUACCCUUUUGUUGGUAGUAACAAGCGCGGUCGUAAUUUAAACUAAUUUUAAAUUCUUAUGCAUUUAGAUAUUUUUUUUCCGUAAACUUU